GUCACGUGAUAUGCGCCGGGGUUAGAAUCGUUGAGCUGCUGCAGCUCAUUGUUUUUACUGCCCGGGAGGUCAGGGGUCACGGGGGCGGUGUGUGUCAUCACUCCGGUGUAUGUGCGGGAAUAACAUGUCUGUACCGCUACUCACCGAUGCCGUGACCGUGCCUGCGGGGGAACGGGAGACCGGGGCGGUGAUAUUCCUUCAUGGACUUGGUGACACAGGACAUGGCUGGGCCGAGGCACUGUCAGCCAUCAGACUGCCACAUGUGAAGUAUAUUUGCCCACAUGCGCCCCGUAUUCCAGUCACUCUGAACAUGAAGAUGGUGAUGCCUGCAUGGUUUGAUCUGAUGGGUCUGAGUCCUGAUGCUCCUGAAGAUGAGGCGGGAAUCAAGAAGGCAGCAGAGAGCAUUAAGACUAUCAUUGAGCAUGAAGUAAAGAAUGGAAUCCCGGCCAAUAGGAUUGUCUUGGGUGGUUUCUCUCAGGGAGGGGCUCUUUCUCUGUACACAGCCCUCAGCUGCCAACACAAACUGGCUGGAGUAAUUGGACUAAGCUGUUGGUUGCCUCUUCAUAAGACAUUCCCUCAGGCUGCAAGUGGUGUAAAUAAGGAAAUAUCUGUUCUGCAAUGUCAUGGAGAAGCUGACCCUAUGAUUCCUGUUCGCUUUGGAAACCUCACCUCAGAGAAGCUGAAAUCGGUGUUGAACCCUUCUAAAGUCCAGUUCAAAUCAUACCCUGGAGUCAUGCAUAGCACCAAUCAGGAGGAAAUGAUGGCAGUGAAAGAUUUCUUGGAGAAAGUGCUCCCACGAGUGUAACACUUUGGUGACUGGAUUCAGGAAAAAUGUUACUUAGCAUCGCCUCAGUGUUUCUUUCUCACCUAAAAGAUUCCUCAUCCUUUUAUCCACACCCACACUGGUUUGUGACAUAAGUAUUUUUUUUCUGCCAGCUGUGACUGGAACUGUUUAAGGUACUGUGUGAAGGAUUACACUCCUGCACCCUACAAUGGGUUUUGGUGCAAUGCAGGACUUCACACCACUGCUGCUUCACACAUCCUCCUAGUAUUGCAUUUCAUGUCAUUCUGAUGUAACGGGUCUUCUACUGGUAACAUCAGGAAGCUAUCAUAUACCUCUGAGGAGCAAAUGAGUAUUGUGAAAGAUACAGUAUGUGAAUGUACCUUAAACCCUCUAUCCUCCUUGGAGCAGAGCUCAGGCCUUUAGCAACAGUUUCUGUACCUUGGUGUAGGUACUCUUCCACAGCCAACUGUUGUCCCUGCUGCACCCAAACAUUAUGCUGUUGGAACAGUCAUGUUCUGAGCUUGAUUUAAAUAAUAGACCCUAAAUAGUUAUUUCUGAAGUUCCUACAGCUGUGCAGAUGUAUCGGUUAUCUUUGUGUGGUGUGGGCUCAGAUGGACCAAUUCUGAUGAUUUGUUUGAUCGAUAAAUGUGUUAUGUGAAUAAAUAGGAAUGCUGGAAUUUUGAAUAGGUAAAGGGUCCAAAUGUUUUACCUGCUUGUAAGAUAGAUAAAUUGAGAACAAACUGUACGUACGUAAGGCAGCAUUAGAGAUUAUUGCAAUUGGUCACAAUAGCCAUCUGUAACCACAAAAGUAUUUGUGUUAGCAGUAGUUGGGCUGGUACUGGCCUGCAUAUUCAUUUAAGUCUUAGGAUAAAUUGUUUUGUCCUCAUUCUCCUGUGAUCAAACUGGAAUGCCUUUAGGUAUUACUGAGUCUUCCAGUGUCCCUAACUCUCUCCUUAAAGAUUAUUGCCUUGUCAGUAAGGGGUAAGCAGGCCUAAAUCAUUCUCACUUGUGUCUAAACAUAGGUCACGUUUCCAGUAGGGUGACAGUGUUACCUAUACCUGAAGUAUAGUGUUCAGUAAAAAAGGUAUCUAACUGCCUAGGAAUGGGUUAAAGGUUUUCUUGGGAAUGCUGUUUUAAGCAAAAAGCUUUCCUUGUGUCCAUGUCUCAUCUGGUUCUAAACAGGGAGAGAUAAUGCUGUUGGAUGCUGAGCUGUUUAAUAAACACACUAGUACCAA